CAGAAGAGACGACGGCAGUCACUGAGAUUACAGACACUCCUAUCGAAUAUAUUUGCUGCGACGGGAGUCUUUGGAAAGCGGUGCUCUUUCGAGGCGUUCGCAGAGCCUAGUGCCGCACGAUGGACCACAUCUGGGCUCGUAUUUUAAUAGGAGUCAUUAUCUGGGCGAUUGCUGCAUGUUCACUCAUCAAUAUCGAAGACAAAAGUGCGAAGCAGCGCGUUGGUAUCGAUGAACAAGACGGGAGGCACGCCAGACCAGGAGACACUGCACAGUGCCAAGUGGGGAAGCUUUCGGAGCGCUUCGACUGUCAUCCAGAACCCGGAUCCAACGAAGCUGGCUGUCUUUCUCGCGGGUGCUGCUGGGGAAGACUGGACGAAAUUCCCGGUGAAAGGAAGCUCGAUAUCCCGUACUGCUACUUCCCGAUAAAUUACACUGGCUACUACGUCGAGAAUGCGGAGAUUUCCGACGACAGGAUCGAUGUUAUGCUCGUGCGUCGAACGCCAUCGGGAAUCGACGUGGACGUGCCAUUUGCGCACGUAGAGAUUCUCUUCUACGACCAGGACACACUCAGAAUCAGGGUGCUGGAUCCAUUUCACAGGCGAUUCAUUCCACCCGUGCCCAUGAUCCCCUUCCGAACUUUCUCGGGCGACCGUCAGUACGUCGUCGGUUUGUGCAAAAGCAGCGGCAAGCUGGUGGUUCAGCGCCGUGGAGACUCUCAGACUAUCAUUUGUGGUCUACCGGACACGCAGUGGAACGACAUUGAUUACAUGGUACGGCAGAACGACUUCACCUACGACGACGAAAGGUUCAACAGCCUCCCAGACUUCGUGAAUGAUCUGCACGCUGGUUGCCGCCACUACGUCGUAAUUGUGGAUCCUGCUGUGAGUGGUUCUGAGCCGCCCGGAACGUACCCCCCUUACGACCAGGGCAUGGAAAUGGACAUCUUCGUGAAAAACAUGUCCGGAGGCGUGGUCUAUGCCAAGGUGUGGAACGACAAGAGUAGCGUGUUUCCAGAUUUCACACACCCAAAGGCCGAGGAGUACUGGGCUCAGCAGUUCAAAAACUUCCAUAACGUCGUUCCUUUCGACGGAGCAUGGAUUGACAUGAACGAGCCGUCCAACUUCUACAACGGUCAUGCGGACGGUUGUCCGACAGCGGACAGGCUCGAUCAUCCCCCGUACGUUCCUGGCGGAGAACCGCUCUACACCAGGACUCUCUGCAUGAGCGACCGCCACCACAUCGCACCCCAUUACUUCGUGCACAACAUCUACUCACAUUUUGAAGCCAAGGCAACUUACAAAGCCUUGGCAUCCAUCCGACGAAAACGACCGUUCAUCAUCUCUCGAGCGACGUCACCGGGACAAGCCGCCUGGUCGGGACACUGGUCAGGGGACAUUGCUUCUUCCUGGGAGGACAUCCGACUAAGCAUACCAAACAUGCUGAGUUUCGGAAUGUACGGCAUGCCGCUGGUGGGUGCGGACAUCUGCGGCUUCAACUCCAACACCACGGUGGAACUGUGUGCGCGCUGGCAGGCCCUGGGUGCCUUCUACCCCUUCUCCAGAAACCACAACACCGAUGACGGCUUGGACCAAGACCCUUACAGCAUGGGCCCCCUAGUGGUGGAUGCUGCCCGGAGCACCCUGCUGGGGCGGUACACGCUGCUGCCGUAUCUCUACACGCUGUUCUACAGAAGUCACACAAUCGGCGAGACUGUCGCGAGGCCUCUCUUCUUUGAGUUUCCCGAAGACCCGAACACCUAUAGCAUCGAUGAACAGUUCCUUUGGGGUCCCAGUCUGAUGUUCAGCCCUGCGUUAUACCCGAACCAGACUGAGGUCAACGUCUACAUUCCGGCCGGCGUGUGGUAUGACGUGGACCGAGGGACUGCCUACUCAGCGACGUCCGGGCGUUAUCAGGCAUUCCCUGCGACCUUCAACGUUGUGAACACCCUGAUCCGAGGUGGAUCCAUCGUUCCCGGUCAUAAGCCGGCUCUUACAACAACCGAAAGUCGACAGAACCCUUUUGUUUUGCUGGUUGCACCUGACCGCAAGGGCACUGCACGAGGACACCUGUUCUGGGACGAUGGAGAUUCAAUCAGUACGUACUGCAACAGCAAAUGUUUGCCGGUUGUUGUUUUGCUUGUUUAUUCUUGCGAUUGUAUUUUUGUCGCAUCUCUCGAUGAGGCAAACCUUAAUCAUAUGUUUCUACAGCGGAGCUGUUGA